ACAAAAGUCCACAUCUUUGUGGCUGAGGAUUGUCCAAAAAUCACCAUUUCUACCAAAACUCACAGUUACAACAAUGUCCAUGGCUUUAUUCUCAUCUCUCUCACCUCCCAAACAUCACCUAACCAACAAACAUUAUCUUCCUUUAAUAACUCUCAAGAAAUCCCAUUUCCCUUUCUUGAUUUCCCUUAAAGCCAUUAAUGAUACUUCUGUCACUAUUGAGCAAGAAAACACUGUGGGGUCUAAUGGGGUGGCUUUAAACUCAAAUGGAUCAUUUGAAGUUGUGAGGAAAUUUAAGGAUGGUAGGUGGAUUGGAGGGACAUGGGAUUUGAAGAAAUUUGAGAAAGAUGGGAAAGUUCAUUGGGAUUCUGUCAUUGUUGCAGAGGUUAGGAGAAGGAGAUGGUUGGAAGAUAACCCCGAGUCAUCAAGUAACCAAGACCCUGUGGUUUUCGACACCUCAAUUAUUCCUUGGUGGGCAUGGAUGAAAAGGUUCCAUCUUCCUGAAGCAGAACGUCUCAAUGGUCGUGCUGCAAUGGUUGGUUUCUUUAUGGCCUACUUUGUGGACAGCUUGACUGGUGUAGGCCUCGUCGACCAAAUGGGAAACUUCUUUUGCAAAACACUAUUGUUUGUAGCUGUGGCUGGUGUCCUCCUAAUCCGCAAGAACGAGGAUUUAGAAACCAUCAAAAAGUUGCUGGAAGAGACUACUUUCUAUGACAAGCAAUGGCAAGCAUCUUGGAAAGACGAGACCUCAAGCAGCUCGAAGGAUUCUUGAGAUUGUUCGUCGUAUGACCUUACUUUUCAUAAUUUUUGGUAGAAUGUAAUUCAGUAAUCCUUCUAUGAUGCUAGUCGGAAGAGAACUUGUUAAUCCAAUUCUCCAUUUUGUUGUAGUGCUUGAGCUGCCAUGCAUUUUUUUCUUUUUUGUUAUGCUUCUGGGCAAUGAUUUCUAACUUUUAACUUUUUUUCUUUGUUGUAAAGUCUUUUUGAUGAUCAUGAA